AUGUCACGUCGCCAAUCGCGCAACAAACAACCAACAUCGUACCGCGUUGAAGAUGAGUACUCUUUUCUUGAUGAAGACGUAGAGCCUGGACCAUCCCGAUCGCGAAGGUCUAUCGUCCAGGAAGAUGAGGAAGAUGGAGACGAUUUUAUGCCUGAUGCUCAUGCAGAAGACGAGCCCGAGGACGACUUUGAGGAUGACCUCGUAGAGGAGGAAGAAUCGGAAGAGGAACCAGCUGCAGACGAGGAAGCUUUGGUUCGAGGUUCGUCUAUCAUCGAUGUUGAUGAUAACGACGGCACGCCCUCACGAACGUCUUCCAGCAAAAGGAAGGGCAAGCGUCCCGAGAAUGUCCUGCCCCAGGCCCCAGCACCCAGAGCAAUCGCUCCGGUACAGGUGCCUCACAGCUUUACCAGAAGUGGUGGGAGGAAGGUAAAUAUGGAUGACGACAAGAUGCGUUCUCGAGGUGUCGCAGACUUCAGCAAACAAGGAGGACAAGAAGUACGAUUGAAGGAUCUCUUUGGUCCCGCUCUCACAGAUCUCAGGCCUAUUCUCAGGACUAGGGACACAUGGAGACUGCAAGAGACACUACCCAUCCGUGGAUCUGGUCUGAUGAGAAGCUACUUUGAAAGCACAGAGGCAAGGACAAAAGACGAAAAGCUAGUGCAAACAUGGUAUGCCAAACAUGGACGGGCAAACUUCGUGAGAGGUCAGAAGACUUCCCUCCUGAGUCAAGAGCAGGGCUCUGCGUACAUGCUUAACAACGGCGCUGAUUCGAUCAACGUCCUCAUGGGCCCCCCCACCGACCCUCAACUACACCCACUCGAAAAGAACUCAUUCGUCAACAUCGCAGAUCCCUUUGAAAACAAAGCGGAAAGACGUGGCUCGCUGUUGAAUCUAGGCUCGCGCAUCCAGGACGCUCAGUGGAUGACCAAUGAAGACGGUGGCACACAAUACCUCGCUGUUGCUGUUGAGCAAAGAGACAUGACGACUCAGCAACCGCUACCAAUGGGGCAAUCAACCGCACCUGCAUUUUCAGCCACAAAACCAUUCGCUGCUUCGGUCCAGAUAUGGGCUUUCGAAUCUACGAAGACAUGCGCAUUGGAUCCCUCGAAGAAGCCCCGGCUUGCUCUAGUGAUAUGUACGGACUGGGGCGCUCCAAAACAGCUCAGAUGGUCUCCUAUCAAGCCACACGACCGAGACUUACCAUUGGAUGAUGCUAGGACAGAUCAGAUAGUCGACGUUGGGAUUCUUGCAGGCAUAUGGUCUGACGGACGCGUUAGGGUGCUCAACAUCGAAAUCCCCAAGACCGAUGCGGAAAACACUGAGACUACUUUCUUGCAAAUUUCACAGGCAGCUUUCGACACCGCGAUACCACAGACUGUUCCAACAUGCUUGCAAUGGCUCUCUGGCUCGACUCUCGCAGUUGGAACCUCUGCGGGCACCUUAGCCAUAUGGACGCUGACUCGUCCGGGAACUCUUUCAACCACUGGAGUAGAUGGCGCUAGCCCUAGACCUUGGUUCUACAAGCAGAUUGGAGACACAUACGUCUUGACACUUCUGUCCGGCUGGCCUUCACAGCCCCACUUUCUCUCAGCAAGUACAGCGGAUGGCUUUGCUCGGCUCUAUGAUAUACGGUCUCCGGACGCAGACAACGUCGUCUCGGUACGUGGACGAGUGCUGGUCGUCACUCAGGCAUGGCAUGAGCAUACACAGUCGUUCAUCAUGCCGGAUGAACACUACAUACUCAAGCAUAACUCAAUCCGACGCUUUUACCACAACAUCUACAGUGCACGAGCCGAAAGUAGCAUCGUGCGCGUGGCAGCGAGUCCGGUACAUCCAGGUGUUCUAAUCGGAGGUGCCAAUGGAACAGUGUUUGCUACCAACCCUGUCGGGCGAGUAGUCAACACGAAGGUCGUCCCGUGGCAGCAGAAUUGGUUUGUGCAUGAAUGGAGGCCACCGGUGGAGAAUAUGGUUGCCCUACCUGACCUGGACGUCCAGAUGCAGGACGAAGAGGUUACGGAAGUUCCAAACUCGAACUCGUCGAAGGUACCGACAUCGGUGCUGUCUGAGCCCAUGGUACGCAUUACGGAAGGCUACAGAGCCACGCAGCCAGGUAUCCAGUAUUCGACAGCAUCGAAGAAGAAGCCAGAGAACGAGAACAGCACGUUGAUCACAAUCUACGAGGAGCAGUCGUCCAUCAGUGCGCUGUCAUGGAAUCCCAAUCUCAGGUUUGGAACCUGGGCAGUAGCAGGUAUGAACAGCGGGCUACUACGUGUAGAAGACAUUGGUGUCUAG